AUGAACGUAUCUGCUCAAGAUGACAGUCCUAGCCAGGGCAAGAAGUACACGCUCAACCAGACUCAAGAGAGAGCGGUACGGCGCUUACUAUUUCUGUGCGCAUUGGUCUUUGAUGCACUCACAGUGACGCUCGUCGUCUUUCUAUGCGUCGGCGCAUGGAAUAAGUCGAGUGGUUUGAGAUCGUCAAAAGGUCUAAAUAACAGAGAGGCUCACCUCGCUACUUGGUCGGCGGCAUAUGUCCGGCGAUGGCCAGCCGGCGAGACCACGGUGGUCUUCAGUUGGCACCUAAGCAGCUACUGCUACUCGCACCUAGGGCGAGAGGCAUGUAUCCGCCGGGCUCCCGGUGCCCCCUUCGACCUCGAUGACAUUAUGGACGACGUCGCCCUUGCAAUAGGAGGGGGCUCGACUUAUUCGUCAAGCCGGGGCACUUUCCCGGCUCUGGAAUCGCAAGGCAUUGACCUCGGGACGGCGUCCAAAGUCACUUCGUCCAAGAACGCGUUCAUCGCCUACAUCAUUUUCAUAGUGGCUGUAGCGUGCCUCUGGUCCUGGCACUUCUUCGUCAGCACGGUUCCGGGCGCACCCAACUGUGAUCGAUUCCUGGCCGUGUCGUUUACUUUAGCGGGGGCGGCGCUGCUCGUCGCCUCGGCCAACACAACCCGUGCGGCCCUUGAGGCGGACGGCAUCCUCGCCCAAUAUGAGAGCGUCUUCAAGUACCACAGCGCCGGUACUUCGACACUCGUCGUCACGUGGAUCGCCUCGGCAAGUCAUUUCCUCGCGGUUACGAUGUAUAUGGUUGCAGCGGCCAUUGGCAAACGACUACGGAAGCCAGACCGAUACCCGCCAGAGUCGGAGCCGUCAGACAUGGGGCGGACUAAUGACGCACGCAGAGCGAGGGAGGCGGAAGUGCCAGCGCAAGUCGACAGAGAUCAUUCUUAUAUGAGGCGUCUCGAGGCAUUCAUGCGCGUGCGCGGUCAGAGACGAAGAUCAGAACUAAACUCCUUUCGCAUGAACCGCAAUAGCGGAGAAUACCGGAGGACAGAUGCGAAUGGCGAUAUCUGGUUGCCGGUUUACUCGAGGGCCGAUCCGAUCGCGACGCGUGCACCGGUAAAGCCAAACGUUGUGACCGGUCCGUCUAUUGGAAUACCGGAUGCCAGCGCGGCUACGGGUGGUCAAUCUCGCGCGGGCAAUGUGGUGGAUGAGCCAGCACCGGCCUAUGAGCGGUAUCAAACUGCAUCAUCUCGCCGCCCGUGA